UACAGGACAGCAAGAAUCAGUUGAUGACUGAUUUGUCAACACAAUGGCAUCUAUAAAAAGAACUAGUGAAAUCACUAAAAACCGUAAAGCAAAUAAACAACAUCUCCUGGAGGAGAUCAAUGAAAAGCGUGACUCCCACUGCUUGGUGGAAAGAAGCAAUCAAGUCAGCUUAUUGCGAGUUCAAAAGAGGCAUUUCAGUGGUGCCUAUAAGUCCUUUACUCACACCCAAAUCAAAGAACCUGUUCCCGACAGUGACAGGAGCUUCUGGGUCACGCUGAGUCUCCUUGUUCACAUGGAGAAAAAGCACUUUCCACCAAAAAAUAAUGCCAUAUUUGGAUAAAGUGCAUCUCCAGAGACGCACAGAAAUACAACCUCUUUGAUCCUUCUUCAUUGUCUCUCUAUUUACAAAUAUUAAUUAUAAAAGAAGUCAAACAAAA